AUUUAGUUUAGUGUCAACUUAAAGUCAACGAAGUUCAUAAAUGUACAGACGCCAGUUAACGAAUUUGCGAUAUCAAAGAUGCUGCGUCCCAAAUUGUCUGACCUACGGCCCUUCGGAGAUUUUCAUCGCCUUUCCUUCUUCCGACUCCGUCCUCCGUCGGGCUUGGUUGGACGCCAUCCCCAGGAGCAAUUGGUACGUCUGCCACGACACCCGCAUCUGCAAGAACCAUUUCGUCAGCAACGGUAGCGAAGGUCGCAUAGCAGAAACCGACGUCCCAAAGAUAUUUCCCAAGCCGGCGACUACGAACCUGGAGAACAAAUAUAGAAAAAUCGAUAAGGGGAUGUUCCAGAUCUCCGCGAAUUAUGCAUUGCCCGAGACUUUUGGCGAUUUGGCAAUGCUUCCCAACUGCGACAGGUUCAUCUUCGAUUUUUUCAGCCUCCUACAGGAUUAUAAGAAUCAGCUGAAGGUGGUGCUGGAUGUUUGCAGAUGGAUGACGAGAGAGACAGCUGAUCGUUUGGAUUUUUACCAGUUGUCUUCCCCUGAGAGUGGGUUGAAGAUAUCGACGAGUAUUUCGAUCGAUAGCCAGUUGAAGCCUACGAUCGCUUUGGAGGGUAUUGUCAUGGAUCCUUUGGACUAUACGAGGCAUGUGCCUGUUAAUGGUAGGAUAACGCAUUGGGACCAACUCAAUUUGAUGCUGUUGGAUUACGGUUUCAACAGAGAAACUGAGAAUAAAGAUCAAGUUCCUCCCCUCCUAAUCGUUCGGACUGAUAACUUUAACGCGGUUUAGUUUUAAUAUUGUUUAGUUGUGUUACUUACGUGUUGUUGUAUCGAAUGAUUCAUUUAUUGUUGUUCUUUUUAUUACGAGUACACAUGUUUUGAUCAAAUGGAAAUCAAACGUUUGUGGUGGAUAAUUUUUGGGUUCAGUCACAAGAUCUUCUCUAGAAUCUGCCCACAAGCUUACAGUUCUUAUUCACUCUAGAAAUCAUCCUGUAUGAUUUCAUAACCUAUGUAAGGUUAGUUUGUGCUGGUUUUUAAUCGUAUGAAAUAUUUUCUCAGUACAAAAAAACAGCAAAAGGUUGUGGAUGGAUGAUGCAAGAAGUGGCAGAUCUUUUGGAGUUCUAUCAUUUGGUUUCUUCAAUAAUACCUUCAAAACAUCGAUGAGUGAAUGGAUUGAGAGUCAGUUGAGGCCUACAAUCGCUUUGGAUGCCAUUAUCAUAGAUCCUUUGGACUAUUAGAGAUUUUUGGAGAUUUGUCAAUUCUUCCCAACUGUUACAGGUUCAUCUUCGAUUUUUUCAGCCUCCUACAGGUAAACAAGAAUCAGCUGAAGGUGAUGCUGGAUGUUUGCAGAUGGAUGACGAGAGAGACAGCUGAUCGUUUGGAUUUCUACCAGUUGUCUUUCCCUGAGAGUGGGUUGAAGAUAUCAACGAGUAUUUCGAUCGACAGCCAGUUGAAGCCUACGAUCGCUUUGGAUGUCAUCAUCAUGGAUCCUUUGCACUAUACGAGACAUGUGCCUGUUAAUGGAAGGAUGACGCAUUGGGACCAACUCAAUUUGAUGCUGUUGGAUUACGGUUUUAACAGAGAAACUGAGAAUAAGGAUCAAGUUCAUCCUCUCCUAAUCGUUCGGACUGAUAACUUUGACGCGGUUUAGUUUUGAUAUUGUUUAGUUGAGUUACUCACGUGUUGUUGUAUCAAAGUAUUCUUUUAUUGUUGUUUUCUUUGUAAUGAAUACACAUGUUUCGAUCAAAAGGAAAUCAAACGUUUUUGGUGGAUAAUUUUUGGCUUCAGUCAUAAGAUCUUCUUUGGAAUCCGUCCACAAGCUUACAGUUCUUAUUCACUCUAGAAGCUGAAAUCAUCCUGUAUGAUUUUAUAACCUAUGCAAGGUUAGUUUUUACUGGUUUUUAAUCAUAUGAAUGGUUUUCUCAGUACAAAAACCAGCAUAAUAUAGUGAUUGGAUGAUGCAAGAAUUUGAAGUUCUACCAUUUGUAUUCCUCAAUAACACCUUCAAAACAUCGAUGAGGAUAUCGAUUGACAGUCAAUUGAAGCCUACGAUUGUUUUGGAUGUCAUUAUCAUGGAUCCUUUGAACUAUUCUAGACUUUUGGCUAUUUGGCAAUACUUCCCAACUGCGAUAGCUUCAUCUUCGAUUUUUCAGCCUCCUACAGGAUUACAAGAAUCAGCUGAAGGUGGUGCUGGAUGUUUGCAGAUGGAUGACGAGAGAGACAGCUGAUCGUUUGGAUUUCUACCAGUUGUCUUUCCCUGAGAGUGGGUUGAAGAUAUCGACGAGCAUUUCGAUCGACAGCCAGUUGAAGCCUACGAUCGCUUUGGAGGGCAUUAUCAUGGAUCCUUUGGACUAUACGAGACAUGUGCCUGUAAAUGGUAGGAUAACGCAUUGGGACCAACUCAAUUUGAUGCUGUUGGAUUAUGAUUUCAACAGAGAAACUGAGAAUAAAGAUCAAGUUCCUCCCCUCCUAAUCGUUCGGACUGAUAACUUUAACGCGGUUUAGUUUUGAUAUUGUUUAGUUGUGUUACUUACGAGUUGUUGUAUCAAAUGGUUCAUUUAUUGUUGUUCUUUUUAUUACGAAUACACAUGUUUUCAUCAAAUGGAAAUUAAACGUUUCUGGUGGAUUUUUUUUUCAGUCACAAGAUCUUCUUUAUAAUCUGCCCACAAGCUUACAGUUCUUAUUCACUCUAGAAAUCAUCCUGUAUGAUUUCAUAACAUAUGUAAGGUUAGUUUGUGCUGGUUUUUAAUCGUAUGAAAUAUUUUCUCAGUACAAAAAAAAAGCAAAAGUUUGUGGAUGGAUGAUGCAAGAAGUAGCAGAUCUUUUGGAGUUCUAUCAUUUGGUUUCUUCAAUAAUACCUUCAAAACCUCGAUGAGUGAAUGGAUUGAGAGUCAGUUGAAGCCUACGAUCGCUUUGGAUGCCAUUAUCAUAGAUCCUUUGGACUAUUAGAGAUUUUUGGAGAUUUGUCAAUUCUUCCCAACUGUUACAGGUUCAUCUUCGAUUUUUUCAGCCUCCUACAGGUAAACAAGAAUCAGCUGAAGGUGGUGCUGGAUGUUUGCAGAUGGAUGACGAGAGAGACAGCUGAUCGUUUGGAUUUCUACCAGUUGUCUUUCCCUGAGAGUGGGUUGAAGAUAUCGACGAGUAUUUCGAUCGACAGCCAGUUGAAGCCUACGAUCGCUUUGGAGGUCAUCAUCAUGGAUCCUUUGCACUAUACGAGACAUGUGCCUGUUAAUGGAAGGAUGACGCAUUGGGACCAACUCAAUUUGAUGCUGUUGGAUUACGGUUUUAACAGAGAAACUGAGAAUAAGGAUCAAGUUCAUCCUCUCCUAAUCGUUCGGACUGAUAACUUUAACGCGGUUUAGUUUUAAUAUUGUUUAGUUGUGUUACCUACGUGUGGUUGUAUCAAAUGAUUCAUUUAUUGUUGUCCUUUUUAGUACGAAUACACAUGUUUUCAUCAAAUGGAAAUUAAACGUUUCUGGUG